CCAAUGAAUGGCGACACUGUGCCAAUGUUUUUGGUGUUUUGACAUUGACGUUUCUACGUUUUUGUGAAUUUUUAUGUUUUGAAUGGCUUUCUUUCGUUGAACCUAAUUAUGUACACUCGAAUAGAAUAUCUAAAUAUUUGUGUUUUAUUAAUAAUAGGUUUUGCAAAUUGUGUCUCAUCUUAUCAUGUAGACAUUAUCGACAAUGGACCUAUCGUGAAAGGAGCCAAUAUAACAUUUAAAGCGACCGUUUAUUACGGUGAUAAGUUUGCUAGCGGAACUUUUAUGUAUAGCUGGAAGGACAGAGCUGUCCCAACACACACAAGAGAGUUCCAAUCUAAAAAUCCAAUUGAUGAAUGGACUGUUUUGUACAAUGCCACUAUUUAUCCUCAAGGUCCUUAUGUGGUUCAAGUCACAGUCUGUAAAUAUUUUUUGGUUUAUUGCGCUGAAAUCGGCUCAAAUAGGGUAGAGUUCUAUAUAAAUGAAACCUUAAACGGUGACAUUUUACUUAUUCAAAAAAACAAAACACGACCGGAUCUCUUCGUCUCAAACGCAGAACCUGUCAUCCACAACGUGUCUCUCAAACAAACCGACGCCGACUACAUCAAGCAAGCUCCCAGUGUGCUAACGUAUUGGUUUGUCGAUUGCGUCUAUUAUGGGUUUAGGAAAGACUUUGAAUUUCCGUUCAAUUACACGCAAGCUGAGAAAGAACACUUGAUUGAAGCUUUGGUAGUUGCUGAUUUUUCGCCACCACCUCCACCUCCCACCACAACCGUUCCAACCACCACCACCACAACGACAACAAUCAAGCCUAACACUACCACCACCAGCACAACAACUCCUAAACCAACAACCACAACUAAACCAACCAACAGUGUAACAACACCAACAACUACAACAGCAACACCAACGAAUUCAACCAAAGUCAAAAGAGAUGUAGAUAGCCAAUCAAAAAUUAUGGUGAAUGUGAAUGGAACGUUACAGCCUUUUAAGGGCAAUUUUCCCUUUGUUUGUAAUGGAACUCAAGUCGCCACAGAUUCACAUAAAACUUACGGCUACUUCUUCAAGAGAGUAAAAGUUAGAGCGCCUGUAGCCAAAGUGAACGUCACUGGAAAUAAUUGGCUACAACAUGGGGAUUUGUUAACGCUAAAUGUGAAAUGUCACGGAUCGAGAAAUUUCAAAUAUUGCGUGCAAUACCAAAGAGGGCUUUAUAAUGUAACAGGGAACGAAACUUGUUACAUUUACCAAGAAUUAGACAAGUGUGAAUUCACAAUCCAGAGGUACUUUUCCGAUUCUAUGGAACAUACAGUGGUUAUUAUAAUCGAAAAUGAAGUCGGUAAAGUCGUCUAUCCUGUUACAGUAACUGUUUAUAAAGUUAAAAAACAAGCGCAACUUUCCGUAAUUGUGGUACCUGUGGCUUUCAGUUUAGUUGCUGUGGUUUUAAUUGUGUUUGGAGUGGCGUAUUAUCUCCAAAACCGUUCAAGGUUUGUAGUGGAGGUGGCAGAUUUUAAUUUCGGUCAGAACUACAGUGAUAUGGAGUAUAAGACUUUUAAGGAGAGAUUGAGAGAUGCGAUCGCUAAUGCGUUUUUUACAAGGGCUCCUAGUCCUGGAUCGUCGGAAGUUCCGGUGUGGCCACCAGGCCGGAAAUACGGAAGCAUGACGAGUUAAGAUAUUAUCUAAAAUAAUGAAAGACUAGUGAGAUUCGCCUAAGAUUGGAAUAUACGCUACAGUAUAGCAUUGUAGGAUUUUUUGUCAAUUUUAUGACAAAUGUGUUUAUGUGAUCUGUAUUUAUUACGUUAUCUCGGUUUGAUUUUUUAAAUAUAUUUUUGGAUGCACAUGUUGUUUAAUACUUAACAAUGUUUUUAUUCGAGGUGAUGCAGGUUUUAUUCUGCUUUAACACUGGAGAGGGCGAGCGUAGGUCGAGUGCUGUAUAACUGUCUGAUAUAUUUUACUUUUUUGUUGUAUUGCUUUGUAUUUUCUACUACAUGAUAUAUUAAGGAGAAAUGAAGCAAAAUAAAUUAGUUUUAAAAUG